AUGUCACUUGCACACACAGCUGCAGAGUACAUGCUCGCGGAUGCCCUGCUGCCUGACCGCAGGGGCCCCCGCCUCAAAGGACUGCGCCUGGAACUGCCCCUGGACCGGAUAGUCAAGUUCAUAGCUGUGGGCUCCCCCUUGUUGCUGAUGUCCUUGGCAUUCGCCCAGGAGUUCUCCUCUGGGUCUCCGAUCAGCUGCUUCUCUCCCAGUAACUUCAGCAUCCGGCAGGCAGCCUACGUGGACAGCUCCUGCUGGGACUCAUUGGUUCACCAUGAGCAGGACAGGCCUGGCCAGGACAAGAUGAAAUCUCUCUGGCCCCACAAGGCCCUCCCUUACUCCCUGCUGGCCCUGGCCUUGCUCAUGUACCUGCCGGUGCUGCUGUGGCAGUAUGCAGCUGUGCCAGCCCUCAGCUCUGAUCUGCUGUUCAUCAUCAGCGAACUGGACAAAUCCUAUAAUCGCUCCAUCCGCCUGGUGCAGCACAUGCUGAAGAUCCGGCAGAAGAGCUCCGACCCCUAUGUGUUCUGGGAUGAGCUGGAGAAGGCUCGGAAAGAACGAUACUUUGAAUUCCCUUUGCUAGAGCGGUACCUGGCAUGUAAGCAGCGUUCACAUUCACUAGUGGCUACCUACCUCCUGCGGAACUCCCUCUUGCUCAUCUUCACCUCCGCCACUUACCUAUACCUUGGUCAUUUCCAUCUGGAUGUCUUCUUCCAGGAAGAAUUCAGCUGCUCCAUCAAGACAGGGCUGCUAAGUGAUGAGACCCAUGUCCCCAGUCUGAUCACAUGCAGGCUGACAUCACUGUCCGUUUUCCAGAUUGUUAGCCUCUCCAGUAUAGCAAUAUACACCAUAUUGGUUCCAGUGAUAAUAUACAACCUCACACGGCUAUGUCGGUGGGACAAACGACUCUUAUCUGUCUAUGAGAUGCUCCCAGCUUUUGAUCUCCUCAGCAGAAAGAUGCUAGGAUGUCCCAUCAAUGACCUCAAUGUGAUCCUUCUUUUCCUCCGAGCUAACAUCUCUGAGCUCAUCUCUUUUAGCUGGCUGAGUGUCUUAUGUGUGUUAAAGGAUACAACCACCCAGAAGCACAAUAUUGACACAGUAGUUGAUUUUAUGACUUUAUUGGCUGGCUUAGAACCCUCAAAACCCAAACACCUCACCAACUCGGCAUGUGAUGAACACCCAUAG